UCGGCAACGUAAGCUUUUCGAGACUGGCAGCUGCCGUCGGAAGGCCACGAUGAUGCUCCAGAAGAAGUGUAGAAGCUCGAAAGGGUGCAUCGUCGGCCAAACCCUUGCUUCUCGUCGCCCAUUCCGUCCUUUUGCAAACUCUCGAAUUGGCGGCGCGCGAGGUUCAUGAACCUCUUGCCGUUCCCUUUUUAAGAUGAAGACGUCGGUGGUCUUCUCUGCCUUCCUGGCGCUGCUGUCGCUGGCCUCGGCCGCGAGCUCAGACGGGAAGAGCAGCUCCACCAGCACCACCCUCCCGGCCACCUUCAAGCCGCCCCAGGUCUUCAAGAACGCCAAUCUGGUCCAUAUCAUCUCCGUCGAGAAGAACUACGUCAAGGAGAACAUCAACGUGCUCAUCCAGAAUAUCGACAAGGAGGCCCAAGAUGAAUACUUUGUGCCGUUCACGGCGGACCAGAUGUCCCGGCUCGGAGGGGUGGAGGUGAAGGACCGCAAGGACAGCAGCGCUGGGCCAUUCGUCGCAGAGGCCGUCGAGCUUGAUCAGGAGAGCGACAUCCAGUACCUCCGCAUCCGCCUCCCGAAGCCGCUUGCGCCUGGCGCGCAGCAGACCCUCGGCAUCAGCUACUAUCUCCUCAAGGCGUACAAGCCGCUCCCCGCAGCCAUCAAGCAGGAGGAGCAGCAAUACUUGUCUUUCUCUUUCUCGGCCUACUGCCCCUCGGCCUACACGACGACCAAGCAAAAGACCGAAGUCAAAUUCCCGUCGAGCACCAUCCCCGACUAUACCAAGCUGCCGGGGAGCGGCGAGGUUGAAGAGUUCCCGCAGAAGCUCGGCUCCAAGCUCACGUACGGCCCGUUCGACGAACAGCCCGCGGGCGCCGUCCAGCCCGUCAACGUGCGGUACGAGUUUAACAAGCCCGUGACCCACGUGUCGCGGCUGGAGCGCGACAUCGAGGUCAGCCACUGGGGCGGCAACGUCGCCUUCGAGGAGCGCUACACUCUGCACCACCGCGGCGCCAAUUUGUCUUCGCUCUUCAACCGUGUCAAGUGGCAGCAGUCGCAGUAUUACCAGCCCUCCGGCACCUUCGCACUCAAGGAGAUGAAGUUCCCGUUGCGCGUGGGCAGCGUCGACCCGUACUACACCGACGUGAUCGGCAACGUCUCGACGUCCCGGUUCAGGAGCAACAAGCGCGAGGCCCUGCUCGAGAUCAAGCCGCGGUACCCCGUUUUUGGCGGGUGGAAGUACCCCUUCACGAUCGGGUGGAACUCGGACGCCAAGAACUUCUUGAGGCAGACGGCUACCGGCGGGUUUGUGCUCAACGUGCCCUUCCUCGAGGGCCCGAAGCAGCCGGAAGGUGUCGAGUAUGAGCAGGUGCAGGUCCGGGUCAUCCUGCCCGAGGGCACGGAAAACGUGAAAUACUACACCACCAUCCCCAGCCAGUCCAUCGUCGAAGCCGGCAUCGAGAUCCACAAGACCUUCCUCGACACCAUUGGACGGACCGCGCUGGUCAUCAAUGCGCGCAACUUGGUGGACGAAUUGCGGGAUCGCGAGCUGGUGGUCACAUACGACUACCCGCUCAUGUCGGCCUUGCGCAAGCCGCUGAUUGUGUUCGGCAGCGCUAUCGCCGUGUUUGUGAGCACCUGGGUGUUGGGGCGCGUGGAGCUGAAGUUUGACACAGGGAAGAAGAUAUAGACGGGGGAGAGGAUAGUGGCCAUAAAAAAGUGGUCGGCUUCUUCCAUUUUUGUUUCCUUUUGCGUUUUGUGUAUCUUGUAAAUACUAUUUGUGUACUAGAAUGGCAAAGCGAUGGGAUGGCUGUUCUGAUUGCUGGACUGGAUAGCAAUGCCUUGGUCUGUGUAGUCGUGCAUGUUGUUG